GCAUGCACCACAAAAUAAUACGGAAAUAGAGAUUACACUUCUGCAUCUCUACAUUGUAUGCGGUGAGGACGUUUAACUCCUUAUAAGAUCUUGAAGCGUCAAAGAUAACAAUCUCAAGGAUGACAUUAGAGGUGAAAGUGGCCUUUCUUCCUCCUCUUUUUAUGUUUGUCUUGUCACUUGGUUCUGAAAGCCAUACUCUCUCUGAGCGCUUCAGAAGUCCUGCCAUCAGGGUUGUAUCUAAUGAAACCACAAAGAAAGCUCCAGAUGUAGCAGCAGAGGUGGGAAGAUAUGAAGAUGUGGCCAAGCGCAUCAUUGAGCUAGCUGUAUUUGGUGCGGCCCAGAACCGCUCCUACAGACGGCUGGCUGACUUUACUGACACCAUAGGGAACCGGGUCAGUGGGUCACAGAACCUGGAAAUGGCUAUUAAAUACAUGUACAAUGCCAUGAAACAGGAUGGACUGGAUGUUCAUCUGGAACCAGUAAAAAUCCCUCACUGGGUAAGAGGAAAGGAAAGUGCAGAGAUGAUUAAGCCCAGGACCAAGAGCCUGGCCAUGCUGGGCCUGGGCAGCAGUGUCGGAACGCCUCCAGAAGGUGUUGAGGCUGAGGUGUUGGUGGUUCAGUCUUUUGAGGAACUGAAGCGUAGAGCCAGCGAGGCCACAGGGAGGAUUGUGGUUUUUAACCAGCCUUUUACUAACUACCCGGAGACGGUUGCUUAUCGCGGUUUCGGUGCUUCAGAGGCAGCUAAAGUGGGAGCUGUGGCCACACUCAUUCGCUCUGUCACCCCUUUCUCUAUAAACAGUCCUCACACAGGUUGGCAGAUCUACGAAGAGGGAGUGAAGCGAAUCCCCACAGCCUGCAUCACAGUGGAAGAUGCUGAGCUAAUGUGGCGUUUGGCCCAAAACAAACAGAAGAUUGUGGUCAGACUCAUAAUGGGAGCCCAGACUCUGCCAGAUGCUGACUCUUUUAACACAGUGGCCGAAAUAAGAGGCUGGCAGCACCCGGAGCAGGUUGUCCUAUUGAGCGGUCAUCUGGACAGCUGGGAUGUGGGCCAGGGCGCCAUGGAUGAUGGAGGUGGAGCCAUGAUAUCCUGGGAGGCUCUGUCCCUCAUCAAGGACCUGGGUUUGCGCCCAAGAAGAACUUUGCGAGCGGUUCUGUGGACAGGUGAGGAGCAGGGUGGUGUCGGUGGACAGCAGUACUUCAAUCUACACAAGGAGAACAUCUCCAACUUUGACCUUGUUAUGGAGUCUGACUUGGGGACGUUCACCCCGAUGGGUCUGCAGUUUUUAGGCAGUGAUGCGGCACGAAAGGUGAUGGAAGAAGUGAUCAAACUUUUGGCUCCCAUUAAUGUGACCAAACUGGAGACCGACGCUGAGGGAACAGAUAUCUUUCUGUGGAUGCAAGCAGGAGUCCCAGGGGCCAGCCUUCAUGUGGCAGACAGUCGUUACUUUUGGUUCCACCACAGCGAGGGCGACACCAUGACAGUCCAGGACCCUCACGACAUGGACCUCUGCUCGGCGUUGUGGGCCGUGGUUGCGUACGUCGUGGCUGACCUGGAGGACAUGCUGCCCAGAAGGCCGUAAUGUCAGAUUUAUCACAACCUGAAUCGGGUUGCACUUUUGCUGAAUGAGUUUUUGUCCUCAAAACGACACAAGUGUUUGGAUGAAUGAGAGAACAUAACAUCUGAUGCACAAGGGUAGCAUGUAAAGUUAAAUUAAGCCCAAUAUACUUGAAAAGAUUUUCAGAAUUGGAUUUUUACUGGCAAUAUUCUUGACUGGCAAAUGUUCAGUGCAACACCUAGUUUGUACUGGGUGCAAACAGGUCCAUUAGCCUGUCUCUAAUGGACAAUGAGGACAAGCAGGUUUAAUUAAUGGAUGGAGGCAUAGCCAUUCUUUUUUUUUCCUAUUAAUGUAAUAUUGUAAUAAAAUUAGGCCACAAAAUACAGCAUAAUGCAGAUUGCUAAGAGAUAUUGAUGUAGAACUGAGCUUUCUAUCCCAGCCAACACUGCACAGUUUCUAGCUGCGGCAUAAAACUUACAGCUUUAUGUCAUUUUUGACAAGGUGCUCGAUAAAUAUUUUCCCUGCACCAAAGACAAAAGCUACAUAGACAUCUGCUUUUUUUGUUUUCUGGUCCAAGAGAUGCGUCUGCUGCACCAGAACGGUCCACAGGUUCACGUUGAGCUGGUCUUGUCCUGAACAGCUUCCUCCUCAUAUUCCAGUCCAAGUCGAAGUCUCUUGGAUCGUCUUUUUACCAGAGUUGGUUGUAGGAGCAGCCGUGGUGACUUUAAGGGGUCUGUGCAGAUAAUAUGAUGUUGACUAUUAAACAUCACCUGUGAGCCUGUUUAAAAAACAUAAAAAUAAAAAUGUUGAAGUAACGGAAA